UGAAUCUGUCAAAUUCAGUGCAGAAAUUUGUAAAUAUUAACUUGAUCUGCAUUCAUCGCUUAGUGCACUCGUGUUUUACUUUAAAAAAACUAAAAAAUCGAAAUAAAACAUUAAAUAUGGUAGCAAACCUAAAGAAUGUGAAAUUACGUUGCGUAAUUCAUUCUUGCCGGACCCGAGCUCCAGUUUUGUAUCCUGUGCCUAUGGAGAUGCAAAAGAUCCUAAAAUUAGAGCGUAAUCCAGCGCAUCGGAUAUGCAGUAACCAUUUUUCUCCAGAUGAUUUUAUUACAUAUAAGCGAUCAAAGUUAAACGCACAAGCAACACCAACGAUAAUUUCGAAAGGAUGCAUUGCCAAACAGAUAGUUCCUAAAGAGGGAUGCUGGGUGGUUGGAUGCAAUGUAAAAACCAAGAAGCGUUUGGUCAAAAUUCCUCAUAAUGAUGCCAUUCGUAAAAAGUGGAUAUCAUCGCUAGAGCUUACCAACAAUAUUGAAGACAAAGUAUUGCGUGAAUUGAUGAUAUGCCAUAAACAUUUUCGUGAAGAUGAUUGGUCGUUAGUAACAACGAAGUACUUUAAGUCAACUGCUGUUCCACGGCGAGCUAUCGGUGCGAAGAUCAAGAAACCUCUACACAAGGCCAAAAUAUAUGUACACUCAAGCUGUAAUGACGAUAAUGUCACACCGGAGCAUGGAUACUCUUUUCCAUUUACACUUCCUCGCAGUAGAACUAUGUGUUUUGUUACUGGUUGCACUGCAAAAGCUGGGAAUGGAAUAAAACUACACAUGUUUCCUUUCAACGACAGAAAUGUUUGUAAGCAAUGGAAGCAUGCAAUCCGUAGAGUCACAACCCCGACGAAAAAUUCCAGAGUAUGCAGCCGACACUUUUUACCCUCAGAUUACAGAGCAGGAGGAAAUCGCCUGAAACCGAGUGCGAUACCAUCGAAACAUUUACCUUCACCAAGAACCACACAUGAUAUAAAACUGAGUAAAAUUGUUCGUGUGUCUUGUAGGCAGCGUUGCCAGGUCAUUUUUUUAAAAAUCUGGAAAAGGCAAAAAAAAAAUCUGGAAAAAAAUCUGGAAGUCAUUUCGUGGGGUGAAAGGUAAAUUCUUCGGGUAAAAGUCUUGGGGUACGUAAAAUUUGAGGUGACAAAAUUGCAAAAUUUCGCGCCAAAUUUGAAGUGAUGACCUUUUUGCGGAACAGAGAAAAUAAAAUCUGGAUAAAAUCUGGAUCAUUCAUGAAAAAUCUGGAUAAUUGGACAUCAAAUCUGUCUACCUGGAUACAUGUUCAAAAAUCUGGAUAAUCCAGCUAAAUCUGGAUACCUGGCAACGCUGCGGGUAGGAGACGCUUCAACCAUGAUCUAUCCCCUUCAGGCAUACCUGAUGAUCUUCGAUCGUUCAGAGAUUUCAGCGGUGAUGGCGAUAGAGAAUUAAAAGAACAUUCGAGUACUUUGGAUGGGUUUCUGGCGAAUAAUGCUUCGGAUGCUGACCGCAACAGUUUUGCAUUAAAUGCUACGUGCAGCUCGAGUAAUCCAACAUUGAACGACGGUCAAAUAUAUGUUUAUGCCUAUGGUGGAAUAAGCCAUGUUCACAACUCUAAUGAACAGGAUAAAAUUUAUACCGACGUUCAAUAUCAGCAGGACGAUCCAGUACUCCACUAUAAUCCGAUCGAUUUCAUUGAACAGGCUCGCGAAAAAAACUUCAAAUUUAGCAAACAAGCCACACUCACGAGUCUAAUUAAAUCAGAUCGGGACGCAAGUGUUUGGACAGGAGUUGCUUCACUGAAGCAAUUAGAUGCCAUUUGUAUAUCUGUUAAAGCAUUAGAAGAUCAAGUAUACCAGAAGCGGUUCAAGGCACACGCUGU